UCAUGAUUUUCUCCUCCAUUAUCCGAAAGGAACCACCACUACGCUAUUUUUUUUGUUGAAGAGUGAGCACCAAGGUCCAGAAAAAUGAUUUCCUCAACAUAUAUUUGGUGGAAACCCAACUCACUAAGUUUUUCCCUUUCUCCAUUUUCAAGUAUUCUAGUUCUUAUUAAUUAUUAUAAUGGAAAGUAAGGCGCACACCCAUUUUCAUUCCUUUCUUUUUAACUAUAUUUUCCUCUCCUCCAUUCAGUAGCAGUCUUUCUUCUUUUUACUAAUUAAAUGCUAUUUCUUUUGUAGGAUGGGUGUCCCUGUGUCUCAGUUUCUGCCAUUAUUUUCUUUAGUAGUAUUCUCUUUUGCCUUUGAGGUGUUCAAAUAAUCAGGUGGAUAAUACCAUGAAUUUGGUUUGGUUUGUGUUCUUCCUUGUCUGCAUCAUUACAUUUUCACAUGGAGCUCGAAACUCUGAUGUUGUGAAUGUUGGAGCUAUUUUCAGUUUUAGUACCAUUAAUGGGAGAGUUUCAAAGAUUGCCAUGAAGGCUGCUGAGGAUGAUAUCAAUUCCGAUCCCAGCAUUCUUGGAGGAAGGAAGUUGUCUAUAACUAUGCAUGAUUCUAACUACAGUGGAUUUCUGGGUAUCAUUGGUGCAUUGCAAUUUAUGGAGACUGAUACUGUUGCUAUUAUUGGCCCACAAAGUUCUGUAAUGGCACGUAUACUCUCGCAUCUUGCAAAUGAGCUUCAUGUUCCACUAUUGUCGUUUACAGCUUUAGACCCCACUCUGUCACCUCUCCAGUAUCCGUACUUCCUUCAAACAGCUCCCAAUGAUCUGUUCCAGAUGACUGCCAUUGCAGAAACUGUUAGUUAUUAUGGUUGGGCUGAGGUUAUUGCAGUUUUCAGUGAUGAUGAUCAGAGUAGAAAUGGUAUAACUGCAUUAGGUGAUGAACUUGCAGAGAGACGAUGCAAAAUUUCAUAUAAAGCAGUGCUUCCCCCAGAUCCACUCUCAAACCGAAGUGAAGUUCAUGACGAAUUAGUUAAGAUUCUAAGCAUGGAGUCUCGAGUAAUUGUUUUAAGCACUUUCUCCAGAACAGGCCUCUUGGUUUUUGAUGUGGCUAAGAGUCUUGGGAUGAUGGGAAAUGGGUUUGUUUGGAUAUCUACCACAUGGCUGUCCACUGUUCUAGAUUCAAAAUUUUCUUCUGAGACUGCCAAUACUAUCCAAGGAGUUCUUACUCUUCGUCCACACAUACCAGAUUCAAAAAGAAAACGCGAUUUUGAGUCACGGUGGAGCAAAUUGAGCAAUGACUCUAUAGGGCUGAACCCAUAUGGUCUGUAUGCCUACGACACUGUUUGGAUGGUUGCUCGUGCUGUGAAAUUGUUUUUAGAUCAGGGCAACAACAUUUCAUUUUCCAAUGAUUCAAAAUUAAGUGAUCUAGGCGGUGGGACUCUGAAUCUUGGAGCAUUAAGCAUUUUUGAUGGAGGAAACCAAUUGGUUAAAAACAUAUUGAGGUCGAAUAUGACAGGUCUGACAGGACCUGUUCAAUUUAGGACAGACAGGUCUCUUUUAUAUCCUUCUUAUGAUAUCAUUAAUGUGAUUGAAACCGGGUGUAAGCUCAUUGGAUACUGGUCUAACUACUCUGGCCUAUCUGUUGUGCCCCCAGAGACACUUUAUGGAAAACCAGCUAACCGUUCUAGCUCCAACCAACAUUUGCUUCCUGUUGUGUGGCCUGGAGGAGUAACAGAUAAACCUCGUGGAUGGGUUUUUCCAGACAAUGGAAGACAAUUGAAAAUUGGAAUUCCAAACCGGGUUAGUUAUCGGGAUUUUGUCUCAACAGUUAAUGGUACUGAUGCAGUCCAAGGAUAUUGCAUAGAUGUAUUCCUUGCUGCCAUAAAAUUUCUUCCUUAUGCAGUUCCAUACAAGUUCAUUCCCUUUGGAGAUGGUCAUAAGAAUCCAAGCUACUUUGAGCUCGUAAACCAGAUUACCUUAGGUGUCUUUGAUGCUGUAAUUGGAGAUGUGGCAAUUGUCACAAACCGAACAAAGGUCGUGGAUUUCACCCAGCCAUACAUAGAGUCAGGGCUAGUUGUAGUGGCUCCAGUCAAGCAUUUGAAUUCAAAUGCUUGGGCAUUCUUGCAACCAUUUACUCCUUUGAUGUGGGCUGUUACGGCAGUUUCCUUCCUUGUUGUGGGAGCUGUUAUAUGGAUCCUUGAACAUCGAAUGAAUGAGGAGUUCCGGGGGCCACCAAAGAAGCAAGUUGUCACUAUUCUAUGGUUUAGCUUCUCGACCAUGUUUUUUGCUCAUAGAGAAAAUACAGUGAGCACACUUGGUCGUUUGGUGCUCAUCAUCUGGCUUUUUGUUGUUUUGAUAAUAAACUCAAGCUAUACUGCAAGUCUGACAUCAAUCUUGACUGUCCAACAGUUAUCCUCACCCAUUAAAGGAAUUGAUACCUUGAUAACAAGCACUGAACAUAUCGGAUUCCAAGUGGGGUCCUUUGCAGAAAAUUAUCUGACCGAUGAACUCGGCAUAGCUAAAACUAGACUUGUUGCUCUUGGCUCACCUGAAGAAUAUGCUAGUGCCCUUACAAAUAGAACUGUUGCUGCCGUGGUUGAUGAACGACCUUAUGUGGACCUCUUCCUCUCAGAGCAUUGCGAGUGCUCAAUCAGAGGCCAAGCAUUCACCAAAAGUGGAUGGGGAUUUGCAUUUCCUAGAGAUUCUCCUUUAGCUGUUGAUAUGUCAACUGCAAUUCUCACUCUAUCUGAGAAUGGUGAUCUUCAAAAGAUUCAUGACAAGUGGCUUGUAAGAAAAGCCUGCAGUUCCUCAAGCACCGGUGACUCUGGCACGGAACAACUAGAGCUACAAAGUUUCUGGGGCCUUUUCCUCAUCUGCGGGAUUGCAUGUUUUCUUGCUCUCUUGAUCUACUUGUGCAAGGUGCUACGCCAGUUUAGAAAGCACUUCCCUAUAGAUUCAGAUCCUUCUAUCCAUAGGAGCUCUCGUUCUAGACGUCUUCAAACAUUCUUGUCGUUUGCCGAUGAUAAGGUUGAAGACUGGAAGAGCAAAUCAAAGAGAAAACGUGAGGAUGCUUUAUCAAAUGGGUAUGCAAGGGAAGAUGAGUCUGUUGGUGGAUCUCACAGCAUCCAAAGGGACAGUUCUUAAGAAAGGCAUUAUUAGUUAAGCCCCCACCUCUAAAUUUUGUAUAAAAUGCUCUUUCUUAGUUGAUAUAGCUAUAUGGUUCUUUAGCUGCUUUAAUUGUAUAGUCUAAGGGCAGUUUGUUGAAUGUGAAAGCGAUCAAACUGUGAAAAUCAACAUAUUUCUUCUGUAUAAUUGAUGGUUUAUAUAUAAAUAUACUCUUUAAUAUUAAUAAAGGCA